AUGUUUAAAAGCCGGCGUCUCAAGGGAGUGUCCAAUGCUAUCAAAUCAGCGUCCAGCAGCGAUGUUUCUGCUGGAUUAGUGCCCAAAAUGUUUGAAAUUAGCGAAGUGAGUCGUUACGGGCUAAACGGCACGGUGAAAGCGUUUGCGUUCGACCCAGUACAGAGUUUGCUAGCUCUUGCAACAGAUUGUGGGGAAAUUCAUGUUUAUGGGAAACAGCAGGUCGAAGUUGUGUUCACACUGGAAUCUAAGACGUUUGUCAAAGAACUGCGGUUUGUGAAAGGAAUAUUCUUGAUUGCAGUGGAUUCCAAGGACUCAGUGCUUGUGUUAUCGCUGCACUCGAAAAAAGUGUUGACGGCUUUUUUCGCUCCAGGCAAAAUCUCCUGUAUCGAAACAGACCCUUCCCUAGAAUGGAUGUUGAUCGGUCUUCAAAGUGGUACUACUGUGAUCUACGACAUAGACAAAGACUGCAUAUCUCCAGUGCGACUUGAAAACUUACAAAAAACAAUCUUACCGCAGGAACAUUCGUCUGGUGUUGUUUCUAUUCAGUGGAACCCUAGAGAUUAUGGCACAGUUCUUAUAUCGUACAAGCUUGUUACAGUGCUUUAUUCAGUAGUGGAAAACAAGAUCAAGCAGCAGUUUAUUUACACGGUUCCGGCUUUUGCACCUGGUGGUGACCAGAGUGGGAACUUGGAGGCUCCCAGAACCCCCGAAGUUACCCAAUCGAUGUUCCAUCCAAACUCUUUACACAUCUUAACUGUCCACCGAGACAGUUCGUUGGUUUUCUGGGACGCAAACAGUGGCGAACUUUUGCAAGCAAGGUCCCUCUUUGAGACGGACGUGAAUGUUGCGAGAAGCCUUCCUGAUCCCGCUCAACCACCGGUAUCUCGGAUUCUGCAGGUUUCUUGGAUCUGCGCUUCCAAUCCAGAGUACACAUCACUUCUGAUUGCCGGUGGAACUAUUGGAGAAGGCGAAGAGUGCCACAGCUUAACGAUGAUAGAUCUAGGAGUGACUCCGAAGUAUUCAAUUACUUCAUAUGAGAAAAUGGGGGCCUAUUACGCAUCGCCCGCGCAACAGAAAGUUUUCCCAGUCCCCAAUGAGGCCUCUGUCGUCAAGUUUUUACCAUUAGCUAGGGCUUCCUGCUAUUUUUCCGGAAAUCACGAUCCAGCCAUUAUCUUGGUGCUGUUAGAUGAUGGAGAGAUGGAAACCAUAUUGUAUCCAUCCGGUAACUUGUCAUAUAAAGCGUCGCUUUUCCCACAAAGUAUAUCAUGGAUAAGACCAAUAGCGACCAAGUGUGCCGCCACUUCCGUGCCCAAAAAACUGUGGUUGGGAAUGAUGAGCUCCACUUACAACAAAGACUUCAUAUUGAAAGGCGGGGCUCCUGUUAGAAAACCGUUAAGAGUACACGACACACGGUCCGCUCUAGCGACUGGCCAUAAAAACGGGUCCGUUAGAAUAUGGGACGCUUCUCAUGGCGAACUAGACGACAGCUCGGUGUUUGACGUCAGUGUUUCUCACGCUCUUAACAAGAGCUACGGCGUUGGCAUAAAUGGUGUGUCAUUUGCAUCGGAAACUGCUGAGCUAUCAGUCUCGACCGAGGGUGGGGACGUCGUUUUGUUCAAGUUUCAGGCCAACCAGUUUUUUGGUGCCGAGGAAAAUACCAACGAGACCGAGAUUAAGCUCAAAAGGUUUUCGCUCAACGAAGUCAAAGAUCUAAUAGUUGACAUUUCGGAUAGAGCACCACGGAAGCUGAGGGAAGGGUUCAUGCCUAACUGCGCUAUUCAUGCCAACGCUGGGAAGGUUUUGGCGCUAAAAAAUAGCAAUGUAGGCUUUGUUGCAAUUGCAUACGAAAAUGGGCUUCUAAUGGCUGUGGAUAGAAGAGGUCCUGCAGUGAUCUACUCGGAAAAUGUAAAGAAGAUUACACGCGACAGAAGUGCGGUAAUAACUUGCAUCGACUUUUCCGUGGCGGAGUAUGGCGAUGACAAUUAUUCAAGCAUCCUAAUGAUCUGCGGAACUGACGUGGGUGAAGCAUUGAUUUUCAAGGUUCUUCCAGAAUCAAAUGGCCGUUUCAUGGUGGAGCUCAUCGAUGCCCUGAAGACUGUUGACCAGGGACCCGUAACAGCCAUCGAAAGUAUUUCAAAAGCUUCCGGAGCUUCUUGCUCUGCCACAAUUGCAUCUAUGCAGGGUCUUUCGAAAGGAAUACCAAUACCUGCUUUUACCAUGAUGGUAGGAUAUAAUGAUAUUCGACUUUUCACCGCCGGGAAGUCUAAGGAUACCCACAAGAUCUUCAAGUUUCCGGUCGCUACUGCGGGAUUGUGCGUUUUUCGCGUUCCGCAGACUGUCAAGAAAGAAGUGUCUUUUGCCGCUUCUAUUGUCUGUUUGUUGAGUAAUGGAGAAAUUAAAGUUCUGACUGUACCCGAGCUAAGAGAGCUGCAUUCAACUCGGUUGCCCAUGCCAGCUCAAUCCAAGUACAUCAAAGAAGCGUCAAUCUUACGAAACGGUGAUAUUGUCGUCCGUGUGGGGAAGUGUGAAGCAAGUCUACUGACUGUACUCAAGGAAACAGCGGACAACCUUGAGAAAUUCAACGCAGAAGCUCGAAUGUCUGCAACGGACACUUUAUACAACCCCGCUUUGCGCAUACCCUGCCGCCCGCAGGUAAACUCGCUACAGUGGGCACGAGGCUCGAUUUACGUGAAGCGUGGGGAUCUUGACAAGCUAUUUGGCACGGAUCAUAAACCCUACAAAUACGACGAAAGUAACAUUGCCAACGGUACAAUAUCACUUGAUCCUCAAGAAAAUGUCGCCAAUACACACCAGAUGAACCCUUCGGAUACAUUGCACGCAUACGUUGCCCCGGUUAGACAUGCGGCACGCUCAGAAGCUGUUGGAACAAUGAGAUAUCUAUCAAGAGCGAUGGAGAACGGAAUGGACUCUUUAGAAGGCCGUUUCAACGACUAUGCCACUGCUACGGGUGAGACUCUCAGCGAAGCCCUAGAACAGACUGGAUCAGGCAUAGUGAAAGGAGCUUUCAGGUCCAAGAUGGGGUUCUGA